AUGUCCUCGGACGCAACCCAGCAGCCAGAUAGCAAAAAAUGCUCUGAUACUGAUGGCGAUGGUGAUGAUGUACCAUACUCAGACGCUUCAAGCUCUUACUGGCCUGAGGGAUGGAAUUGGGCUCGCUUCGCCGAUCCUAGCGGUUAUCGCACACUUUUAUCAGAAGUAUCAAAGGAUGAAUUUGUUAGGCUCUUUGAGGGCUUUGAGGAUGUGCUUGGAAAGGAGGGUAUGCGUGAGAUGUGCAAAUACACGGCGCAGAUACAUGAGAAGAAGCUACAGGAAGAGCGCGGCAGCUCUAUACCCCCAUAUAAAGCACCGCGUUUCCUCGAGGAAUACCGAAGAAAAUUCCCUAAUCGUGACCAUCCCUGGGGAUUUGUUGCCUUCCGUACAGUCUUAUACGACAAUGAAGCUAGGUGGGUUGAUUUCAAAGCUCGACUCCAGCGGAUUCUAAAUUUGGCAUUUGACGAGGAGGUAAAGCGCUAUAAGGGCCAUGAGUAUGAAGAUAUUGCAAUAGGGCGAAAGCUGUUUACUCUUCAUUGGAUUGAGGAUAACGAGCUUGAUGGUGCCAUUGAGGAUACCCUACGGGAGUGGUAUAAGAAGAUGAAGCUUGAGAAAGAGGUCCCGAUUGGCAUGGAUUACAGCCUAUUUCUGUCCACUUGCCCAGAGGCCGUUGACUCUGUAUUUGCCGACCCUCUUCCGACUAUUGAUUCGUCCUUUUGGCGCGAUGAUGCACCAUUCCUACUUGUUGUCAUGGAGUUAGCUGAGGGGGACCUGCCUACUGACCAAUAUGAUUCCGAUAACCCAUAUGAUCCCGAUGAUCGCCUUUGCGAGAACAACUGGUUCAAGUCCGUCUUCAAGGUGGCCGUGGAGAUAAUCCCCAACUGCUUUUGGGAAGAGGUUGAAAUGGGAGUAACAAUGGGAACACCGCUUACAAGGCUGACAAGUAAGGUCAAGGGAUGCAAUCAGUUGCUGGGAGGACCGGUACCUAGGGGUGUCCUUAGAGACAAUUUGAGAGAGCUUUGGUGGACGUCAUCACCAUCGCCACAGGAGAGGAAAAGGAAACUCAAGAUGAUCGAUGAGCUUCCACCAGGAAGUGUUAUUAUAUAUCCUAGGCAUGGUGAAAAGUGA